AUGCUUUCUGAUUUGAAGAAUCAGAUAGAACGGUUUUAUUUCAAAUCAGUUUGCAUAAUAUUCUUCUUAUACAUAGCAUUUGGACCAUUCAACAGAGAACACGUUGAACACGGCAAAGUGUUUAUUGAUGGGUUCUACAUAGGAGCAAUGUAUAACCAUUGGAAUUAUAUCGUUGAAACCAACGAUUGGAAUUCAUUCAUUUUCUAUGACAAAUCAGUGAAUAGAGGAGUCGAUUGGUGGGUUCGGUUGGAUGAACAUCGUUAUAAUAAUGCGGAUCUUUAUUAUUUGGAUAUCAGCUCAUUUGUAACAGGGAAUCCUGAACCGAGAGCUUUUCUACCGUAUUCUGUCGCAAUGAUACUUCGAUACAGUGGGCGAGGGAUAUAUCUACUCAACAAAGCAGCUCCAAUUUCAUUCAUUCUACUCAUUUUAGAGGAUUCGAUUAUAUUUUCUGAUACACUGGAGAAAGAUAGAAUAACAGGAAAAAGUCUUGAUCGGUCCACAAUUUUCAAAUAUAUAUGCGUCUGGUUUGGAGCAAAACUUGGAGCAAAUCUCGGUACUCUCAUUCUUCCUGGUAUUGGAACAUUGUUCGGAUCGUUGGGAGGAGGAAUUGCUAGUAGAACAUUGUUUUCUUGUUUUUUCAAUAAGAUUCCGAUUUGA